UAAAAAGCUUGCAAAAUGGGAAAUCUUAAAAAAUUGAUUGGCUUGCCAUUGGAAAUUCAUGAUUUAAUUUACCAAUCGCUGGAUAAUCUUGAAGAUAAGCUGCGUCUGGCCAGAGUGGAUAAGGUGUUGGCUUCAGCAUUUAAGCACCAUUGCCGAAUUGAAUUUGAAAACUUGCAUGUGGACGAAGUUCCGGUUCGCCUUUGGCCAACCCUAUUUCCGCUAUGCGGCCCAAUGGUUCUGCAUAUCUACACCCAUAAAAAUGAAGAUAUCAGCCCUCUGUUUAACUUAAUUGAGCGCUACUGCACCAACUUGGAGUCAAUAAGUUUUUGUUUAAGUUCUCGAAACCGCCGAGUUGUUAAAAAUUUCAUGCGCAACAUGUCAAACCUCAAGGAAAUUAAUGUCUAUGUCAAAAAUGCCUCCCCAAAACUUCUUAGAUUUCUGAAGGAUCUUCCCAAUUUGGAAGAUGUAUAUAUGCAUAAUGUGUCUAGCCCAGAAUAUGAGUAUGUGUUGACUACAUGGUCUGAAAAUGGCGAAUAUCCGAUAUAUUUGCCCAAGCCAAUUAAUCUUCAUGAAACAUUCUCGUCACUGAAAAAGCUUAGGUUUUUGGAAUUGGUCGGCUUUAAUCUAUAUUGGCGAAAAACCAAUGAAGCUGAAAACUUUCCAGCCUUAGAAGAACUACGACUUUGUUAUUGUGCUAUCUUUAACGAUUUACCAGCAAUUCCAAGUCUGAGAAGCUUAUGUGUUUACCACUCACAUGCAAUAGACAACUUAAGCUACAUAUGGAAAAACGCAAACCAUUUGAAGAAGUUGGCAAUAUGUAUCGAUUUUACAAUGGUCUUACAAGCCGUUAAAGAUUGUGAAAAUCUAAAAGUCCUAAUAGUCUGUGACCCUACAAUAAGCUACUGUUUGUUUGAGGCAUUACUGGACGUUUCAAGAUAUGAAGAAUACGAUGAUACUAAUUGCGAUAUCCCACAAGUAAUUAUGUUUGAGGCAUUUCUGGACGAUUCAAGAUGUGAACUACCUGAAGAAAAACAUGGCGAUAUCACUCAAGUAAUUAUCCAAUAUGAAGAAAACGAGGGAUGCAUAAAAUUAAUAAGAUGGAGAGGUUUUCCCUAAUCAAAGAAUUUUUACUUUCUAUAAAAUUUAAAUUUUAACAGCGAUUCUUUUAAAUUUAAGCAACGAAAUAUAUACGCAGACCUUAUCUAAACAAUAUGUUGAUAAAAUGAAUUUAAUAAAAGUCUACACAGACAUAACAAAAUUGCCUCUAUUUUCAUCAUGAACUGGUAACGCCUUCGCUUUGAAAUUUGUAAUUUGCAUCAAAGCAAACAUUUCACACCUCAAAUUCAUUGAGAGCGAAUAUUGCAUCAAAGAUUUUUGCAUAAA